UUACAUGCUUAGUGAGGGCAGAAGAGGAGCUGGAAGUAUAUAGUAAAGUCAAAUUUGAGCACUCAAGUAUGGUACAACAACCUCAUACUUCACUAAACCAAGUAAAUCCCACUAAAGCUCUUACUUACACUAUCACUCUAACAAAAGGCACUUAAGUAUUAGACAGUGAUCAUGUCACACUCAGUGGUGUUGUUUGUUCCGUCAUUAUAAUAUUCCUAUAUGUUGCUGUUGAUAGCUUGUUGUGGUCCAGCAGAGCUGUUAAAACAUCACCACCAGCCAAGAUGAUUCAUCGGAGCAAAACACGGAAAUGAAAUGGGCAGAGCUUGUGUUAUUUUUCUUAAUGAAAUCUUAUCUUUCACACUAAUUAGGAGCGGUUCUAAAAUUCCGUCGAGACAAAUUUCAGUGAACAUGCGUGUUUAUGUGAAUGGAUAAGAUCAUUCAUGACAUUACAUGAUACUGCUGUAGCAUGUUUAAGCAGUGAGCAAUAGUUCUUGAAAGCUCGUCCUGCUCAGACGGAGGUUCAGUUUCAGUUUGAGGAAUGCUGCUCCUGACUUAAUGCCAUGUAGGUUUCUGUACAUGCGUAUUGCGCGCACAGUGUUUGCAGUGUACUACAGAGUUGCAGAGUCAUGUUGGUUGGUGCAGAAAUUCCUCCCCAGCACAGCUUUUGGACGUCUGCCCGCAGCGGCGCAGAGCAGCAGCGACACUCUCAGCUCGGCCCUUUCAGUACAAAACAACUUCAGUGUGGGGAAUGACACUUCCUCUGCCUUUCUGACUGGAUAGGGGGGGGGGGGGGGAGAGACUUGUGGUUCUCAACAAGUCGCGCCUGAACUCCCCGAGGUGAUUCCUGUGAUAGUGAGCCGUCUUCUCGGUGUGAUAUGGGGUUGAACAGCUGCUCUUUGAGGUGUUGCGCUAUAGUAGUUAAGAUCGGCCUAGUUGGUCAAACAGGUUCCAGUCAGCACAGAGAUGAGCUGGAGGAUGACACCAGACUUCUGUGGCAGUAGGGAGUGGUUUUACCACACUUGCUCAGAGAAUAACUAAGAACAUUGGAGCUUCUGGUGUCUGGAUAAGCAUCACAACAGACGGAGUUAAAGAAAUCCCUGCCAGGACACAUCAGAUUGUGCAGUUACACACAUUUGCCAACCACUUCCCCUUCAUCUGUGGAACACUAGAUUGCAGAGGACUCACUGAAAUGUCAGAAUGGAUUACUCUGAAAACACUGAAACCUGUAAAAUACAGACCAACAGCCAUUUAAUGAUCAUGGUUUGACUCAUGCUUUGGGAACUGUCUGAUCCUGAUACAAAUGCUGUCAGUCAUGUUGGAGCCUGGAUCUGUGGAUGAGGGAGUAUUAUGUGGUUCACCAACAGCCUGCAAGUUUGUUUAUCUGCCAUAUUUGCACAGAGAAACAUAUGACCUUAACUUAAUUCAUGCAGCAACUGGCUUUUUCGUCUGGAGUGCUGGCUCUGCCUGCUGGCUGCGACUGGGAUCACCAAUGGAUAGUAAAGUCACACUGUUCACAUCCUUAAUUUCUUGUGAAAUGUCUACUUACUGAAUAGAUUGUGUUCAAUAUGAAGAAAAAUGGAGGAACUAAGGACAUCUUCUCAGUGGAGCCUUUACAUCGAUGAAUUGAUGAUCAAAGGAAUUUCCUCUGUUGAGAGUCUGACCCCAAUGGGAACUGAAAAAAACUGAACUGUCAAAGACUGUAAGACUGAACAGUUAAUUACUGAAAAAAAUCUGGAGUAUUCCUCUUCCUGUGUCCCAGAAUGAAUUGCCCAAUGAGGAAGAGACGUCCAACACGCGAUUCUGAUUUCUCAGCUAUCGCGGUUCCCUCAAUGCACGGGUCCGGGUACCUUGACUAUACAGUUGAGACCCACGCUUCCAAGUCCCUGAAGGUCAUGGAUGAGUUCAGACGGCAGGAAAUGUUGUGUGACCUGGUGCUUCAUGUCACAUACAAAGAAAGAACAGUUGACUUUAAGGUGCACAGGGUGGUGCUGGCAUCGUGUAGCCCCUACUUCAGAGCCAUGUUCACCAGCAGCUUCAAAGAGUGUCGUGCCUCGGAGGUCACCCUGCGCGAUGUCUGCCCCCAGGUGGUGGGAAGGCUCAUUGACUUUGCCUACACUUCCCACAUUACCGUGGGGGAGAAGUGUGUGUUGCACGUUCUUUUGGCUGCUAUGAGGUAUCAGAUGGAAGAUGUGGCCAAAGCAUGCUGUGACUUCCUCACUAAGCACCUUGGGCCGUCCAAUGUCAUCGGCAUCGCCCGCUUUGCUGAGGAAAUCGGCUGCGUGGAGCUGCACCAGCGCAGCCGAGAGUAUAUCAAUACACACUUCAAUGAGGUGACUAAAGAAGAAGAAUUCUUCAGCCUCUCUCACUGCCAGCUGCUGGAGCUCAUCAGUCAGGACAGUCUCAAGGUGCUCUGUGAGUCUGAGGUGUAUAAAGCCUGUACAGACUGGGUCCGCUGGGAUUUGGAGGGUCGAGCCCAGUACUUACAUGCCCUCCUGAAUGCUGUCCAUAUCUACGCCCUGCCUCCUAAGUUCCUAAAGAACCAGCUCCUGUCCUGCCCCAUCCUCAGCAAGGCCAAUUCCUGUAAGGAUUUCCUUUCUAAAAUCUUCCGGGAUAUGACAUUAGGGAAGCUUCCUCCUGCACCACUCCGGGGAACCCAGCUCAUCUAUGUCGCUGGCGGAUACCGGCAGCAUUCACUGGCCUCCAUGGAGGCUUAUGAUCCCAGGAGGAAUGUCUGGAUAAAACUGGCUGACAUGGGGACUCCAUGCAGCGGCCUGGGAGCCUGCGCACUUUUUGGACUGCUCUACACUGUUGGUGGCAGAAACCUGUCGCUUCAAAACAACACCGAGUCCAGCGCCCUGUGUUGCUACAACCCCAUGACCAACCAGUGGAGCCAGCGGGCCUCCCUCAACAUCCCCAGGAACAGGGUCGGGGUGGCCGUCGUGGACGGCUGCAUCUAUGCUGUAGGAGGUUCCCAGGGCUCCACGCAUCACAACACGGUGGAGAGGUGGGAUCCAGAGUCUAAUCGCUGGUCCUUUGUUUGCCCGAUGUCAGUGGCUCGCCUGGGUGCCGGGGUGGCAGCGUGUGGGGGGGCUUUGUAUGUGGUCGGAGGUUUUGAUGGGCAAAACCGCUGGAACACUGCUGAGAAAUACCAGCCUGACACUAACACCUGGCACCAACUGGCUCCCAUGAGUACUGUACGCAGCGGGUUAGGGUUAGUAAGCGUCAACUCUUACCUGUAUGCUAUAGGUGGCUAUGAUGGACAGAGCCAGCUGUGCUCUGUGGAACGUUACAAUAUAGCCAGGAACAUUUGGGAGCCCAGAGCCUCCAUGCAGUACUGUCGCAGUGCACAUGGAGUCACGGUCCACCAGGGAUGCAUCUUUGUGCUCGGGGGUUUUAACCAGCAUGACUUCCUGUCCAGCGUGGAGUGUUACUGUCCAGAAAGAAAUGAAUGGACGUGCGUCACCAACAUGCCCAUCGGACGCAGCGGCAUAGGCGUCGCUGUUACCAUGGAGCCCUGUCCUGGCAGCCUGCCAGAAGAAGAGGAGGACGAGGACGGAGCCACAUAGGAUGAGUGUGAAAUCUGUCAAAAUCUUAAGUGUUGAAUGCAGUUCGAAGUGGUGCUGCUUUUCAAGAGAGGGUUAAGUGCAUUAAAUAAAAAAACAUUCCAGUACAAAACCCCUCACACAUCUCCCCAGCCUGCAAGGAUCUCAUUUGUCUCGCAACGUGGAAUACUGCAGGUAGAGUUUCUAUGAAAAUGGAAAUGUUGACGAGGAAGAGUAUUUCUACAUCUAACGGGGGGAUCAAGUGAUACAGAAAGAAAAACUGGCACAUUGCAGUGACCUCGCAAUGAACAAGGUGCUACAGAUGUAAUCUCAAAUAAUGCUUCUAUUUAAUUGAAUGUUGUUUGUAAUCUCGCUAAGUGUUUUAUUUCGAUUGCAAAUUUACAUGCCUGACAGUAAACUUCAGUGUCCUAGUGUUUAAUUCCUCUCAGUAUGUAUCUCUACCUCUAUGUGUCUCCCUGUCUAAAUGAGCACUUUUCUCAUGUUUUCUUCAUAUUGUGCCAAUAUAGUUUCACCAAGAACUGCCAAAUUUUUGAAUUUCAUUGUGAUUUUAUGUUAUUUUUUUGUGUGUGAAUUCACUAUAUUUGUGAGUUUCUGGACAUAAAGUUAAUCAAAUAUGUUUUACUCCUGCACUAUAUGUUCAUCAUUGUGAUUAAGUUUCUUUCAUAUGCACUGAUGUAAGUAAAAGCAAAUGUGUCUUA